AUGCCUAAGAAGCUCGUCAAGUCUGCAACCUUCUCCUCCAUAUCCUCCGGCUCGACCUCGACCUCGACCCCGACCCCCAUAUCCCUACCUGUGCCUCGCAUCCUUACCGAUGGCGGCCCCCUCCCCAAGCUCGUCGUUUUCGACCUCGACUAUACCCUGUGGCCCUUCUGGGUCGACACCCACGUUAAUGGCAGCAUAAAGACGGUCCCCGGCAGCAACAAUACCGCCUGCGCCGACAGGAUAGGCGAGGAGUUUGCCUUCUACAGGGACGUGCCGGGGGUUCUGUACGCCCUGCCGCAGCUGGGCAUGCGGGUCGGCGUGGCCAGCCGGACCAGCGCGGCCGACCUGGCAAGGGACAUGCUCAAGUUGCUGCACAUCCAUCCACCGGCGCCGGAGGACGGCAAGAAGGCCGGCAAGACGAGAAAGGCCCUCGACAUGUUCGACGCGGGGCUGCAGAUCUACCCUGGGUCUAAGCUCACGCACAUGCAGAAGCUGCAGAAGGAGACGGGCCUGCCGUACGAGGAGUUUCUUUUCUUUGACGACGAGAGCAGGAACAGGGAAACCGAGAGCCUCGGCGUCACCAUGUGUCUGGUGAGAGACGGGGUGACCUGGGGCGAACUAGAGCGUGGAGUGAGGGAGUGGAGGAAGAGGAGGGGGUUC